GAUGACUUUGACAAGGUGCGCUGCUGAGAUACGACAUUGUUAUUGUGAAAGUAUUAUUAUUUGUAGCGGCUUAACGGAUAUUUUCUUAUAAUUACCUACUCAUGGAAAUGGGUUAUAAGCGUAUUAGUGUGUACAACUGAAAACAACUGCUCCAAAUAUCACCAGAAUUCAAACAUAACCUAAAAAACAGUGAGAAGUAAAAUGUUUUUAACAAUAAUAUAUUUUGUAAUUGUAUUUUUGAUUACUUACAAGAUUUAUCAGAAAAUAACGCUCAAAAAGUUUAUCUCGGACAUAACAAUACCUAAUAAGUUAGUGAUUGUGACCGGUGCCAACACUGGCAUUGGCUAUGAGACCGCCAAGGAACUAUCCCGGCGAGGUGCGAAAGUCAUCCUCGCAUGCCGAGAUAUCAAUAAGGCCCAAAAAGCUGCAAGGGAAAUAGAAGCAUUUACGGGAAACAAUGUUAUAGCUAAAUAUUUGGACUUGGCGUCAUUCAAAUCGGUUACUGAAUUCGCGAAAGAUAUAAUUGAAACAGAAAGAAGAGUGGAUAUUUUAAUUAACAACGCUGGUACUGGCGUUCUAGAUAAUUCUUUGACUGAAGACAACUUGCCAGUUGAGGCUCAGGUCAACCAUUUCGGGCCAUUCUUACUGACCAUGUUGCUGCUACCAGCGAUGAAGGAAUCGAAACCUAAAGCUCGAAUUAUUAACGUAUCGUCACUAAUGCAUAAGUUCGGGACAGUUGAGGAUUUAGAUAAGCAAGCUAAAACGUUUUUUGGGCGUAGAAGAGUGUAUGCAAAUACGAAACUAGCGAAUGUACUGUUUACAAAACGAUUGGCGGAGGAGGUGCGACGGAACAACGUGAUUGUGAACUGUUUGCACCCUGGAGCAGUGAACACAGAUAUAUUUCGGAAUCAGCCGAGGAUAGUCCGAUUCCUGCUGAAGCUACUCUUCUUAACGCCGGAAGAGGGGGCACAGACUUCAAUAUUUCUAGCUGUCUCAGAUUACUUCGACGAGAGAAUAAUGACUGGAAAGUACUUUUCGAACUGCACUGAAGAAAGUCCCUCCGAUAGAGCUUUAGAUCGCGAAGCCGCUCAGAAAUUGUGGGAUUUAUCAAUGAAGAUAUGUUUUAAAGAUGCUAAUUUGGAAGAGGUUACUAAGAUUGCGAAGUAAAGUGUCCAAAUACAUAUCUAUCAUUAGUCGCAUUGUAAAUAAGAUGUAAAUAUUACAGACUUACCAAUUUGAGAUUUUGUAUAUACUUAGAUACUGCAUAGUAACGUAAAUUAAAAUUAGGGUUGUAAUUCUAACAAAUAACUAGUCCAUUCCAAGUUGAACUGAAGACUGCCAUUGUAGUAGCGGAAUAUACCAUUUAUACCAAAAACUAACGUAAAUAAUUAUAAUUAUGUAUUUAUGAAAAGCCAUUUAUUUAUUUCGUGUGAAGACGUAAAUAAAGUUUACAUUAAUUA